GCGAUGCCCGAGCUGGCUGAGCCCACCCCUCCGCCCAAGAAGGGUUCCAAGAAAGCCGUCACCAAGACGCAGAAGAAGGGCGACAAGAAGCGCAAGAAGAGCCGCAAGGAGGGCUACUCCAUCUACAUCUACAAGGUGCUGAAGCAGGUGCACCCCGACAUGGGCAUCUUGUCCAAGGCCAUGGGCAUCAUGAACUCCUUUGCAAAUGACAUCUUUGAGUGCAUUGCCAGCGAGGCCUCGCACCUGGCGCACUACAACAAGUGCUCCACCAUCACCUCACGGGAGAUCCAGACGGCCGUGUGGCUCCUGCUGCUUGGUGAGUUGGCCAAGCACACCAUCUCCGAGGGCACCAAGUCUGGUGAGGAGGACAACGGCCCUGCAGCCAGCACCAGCCCCACCGCUUCCCAGAGGGGGACCCCCGACUCCAGCCUGGCCUCCUCUAACAGCCCUGAAAGCUACGACAUGGAGGAGGAAGCCGGCACCUUGGAGGCCGCCCUGCAGGGGGUCCUGGCCGCCCCCCAUCAGCGCCCGUCCCUGCAGAGCAGCAGCUGCCCCAGGAGGAGCCGGGGCAGGUGGUGGUGGCAGGGCCCCCUGCCCCGGCCCGCCGGCCCCGCCCCCCCCCCCCCACCCCCAGCCACGCCGAGCACAAAGCCUGAGGAGCUGCAGCCAAGUCCCAAGGGGGGCAUCUGGUGA